AUGACUCCCAAUAGCCAGCCGUCUCAUGCUGGGAUUCACCUUCCGAGAGGUUUUCACUUUGAUGAGGUCAACUUUGAUCCUGUCCGUCCUCCUCCAAAGGACGAGCCUUCGCCUCCCCUAGGAAUUCUGGCCAGCUUUACCGGGUCAUUCACAGGGCCUGGCUUCAACACCAUUUUCCGACCAAACAGUGUCGCGCCAACAACCACCACUUUCACCAACCCCGUGAUUCCUGCUCCCCCUGCACCUCCUAAUGUUUCUGUGCUCGAGUUAAAUCUGACACAAGAGGAGCUCACCUUCUCUGCACCUCUCGGCAAAGUUCCCAAUCGUGGCCUCGAAAAGCAAAAUGACAUCUGCCUCAACGGUGUCUCGUACCUCCAGACCGUCAAUGAUGUGACCAACACGAUCACAGGCAGGGGUGAUGGUCCUCCAACAGGAAUCCACACCGAGACUGGCUUCUGGCUGAACGUGCCCCAAACCGAUACCAAUCCAAAGCUGGGAAACACGCUGGUCCGUCUAGGCUCGAUCCCGCACGGGACCACCAUCAAUGCCCAGGGUCCUGCUCCGACUGUGGUACAGUCUGCGCCAGACAUCGGCCCACGAUCCAUCACUCCCUUCGCCAUCGGGAAUCCGGGAGAUCUCAAGCCCAAGGCUAGUCAGCAGGCCUCGGAUGUGAACACAGCACGCCUGCCGCAGGACCUCACCCCCUUUAUAGUCCAGGGCACAAUCACGCAGGGCAUUCUCACCAACCCAGCGCAGAUCCUCAACGACAUCAACAGUCAACUCAACAUCAUAGAGACGAGCACUUUUGCAGUCACGACAAUGUCCACGUCGGCCGAGCCCGGGGGUGGAACGGCCAACAUUGCCUUCCUGGUCGGACAAAACGCUGCCUUGGGUCCCAACGCAGAUGCUGUGCAGAUGGACUCUACCUUCUGGGUCGAGACUGUGCAGGCUGAGCUUACCAUUGAAAGCUACAAGCCGGGGAAGCCCCUAUUGGUGCAGCCAAACUUCAAGCCGGUCGAGGGCAAGGCUGCUCCCCCUUUGCCGACUUUUUCAGUGACGCCUCCGGGGCCUGUGACGAGCCCCAAGACGAUGACUGUGACUUAUACACAGAUACAGUACGCGCAGAUUGUUUUGCUCAACUUUCACGGGCUAAGCUGGCCCCAUCUGUCUUUGGCUACGCUGGUGCCAACUGCACCUAUCGUGGUUCCAUUUUCGCCGUCCUGA